CGGGGCAGGCGGGCAGGCGAGAGCGCCGCAGGGGGAAACAAAACGAGCGCUCGGCCGGGCUCUGCUAGUCCCUCCCUCGGCCUCCCGACUGACGUCCACACACACCCGGGCGGCAUGCUGGUUCCGGUUCGAGCCUACUCUUACCAGCCACGUCACAAGGAGAGCGCACCACUUGACACUGACCAGCGGAGGGCACUUUUUGGAUCAGACUCAUCAAAUCGGCUUGCGAAGGAAGAAGAAUUUGCAACAAAGCCAGUUUUUAACCAGCUAAACCGUUGCUCAGGGUUACAAGUCUGAUGAGUGAACUCUCCGGCCGACCUUGCCCCUCGCCCUCUCAACGCAGCCAUGGUCGACAUUGAGAGUCACUACCGCCCGCCGUCGCCCCUGGAGGACUCGGUUCUGGGCAGCCCGCUGUGCGCCGAUGACGACUUCAUCGGCGGGAUGGAGGAGCUCCGCGACAUAUCACAGUCCAUGGACAGCAACGCCCUAAGUCCCUACGACGCUCCCGAGUACCAGUCGUCCAGCAACGGUUCAGAGGGCUCCACUGUCUUUGAUGCCCUGACGCCGGCGUCCAGCCCGUCGUCGUCGGUGGUCUACGGGUUGGCAGCGGGCCUGGAGGACGUCUCCCCUCCCUCGUCAUCGCUCACCCUGGAAUGUCGGGUGUGCGCCGACCGCGCCUCGGGCUACCACUACGGCGUCCACGCCUGCGAGGGCUGCAAGGGCUUCUUUCGGCGGACCAUCCGCCUCAAGCUAGACUACGACAAGUGCGAACGGCGCUGCAAGAUCCAAAAGAAGAACCGCAACAAGUGCCAAUACUGCCGCUUCCAGAAGUGCCUGUCUGUGGGCAUGUCCCACAACGCAAUCCGCUUUGGCCGAAUGCCACAAUCGGAGAAGCUGAAGCUGAAGGCCGAGAUGGUGACGGGGGAGCGCGAGGUUGAGGACCCCCAGCUGGCCGACCAGAAGACGCUGGCCCGGCAGAUUUACGAGGCCUACCUCAAGAACUUCAACAUGAACAAGGCCAAGGCUCGGACAAUCCUCACGGGGAAGACCAGCACCCCGCCUUUGGUCAUCCACGACAUGGACACGCUGCAGCUGGCCGAGCAGACCCUGGUGGCCAAGAUGGUGGGCUCGGCGGGCGUCCUGAAGGACCGCGAGGCGGAGGUGCGCAUCUUCCACUGCUGCCAGUGCACCUCGGUGGAAACGGUGACGGAGUUGACGGAAUUCGCCAAGUCGGUGCCGGGCUUCUCCGGCCUGGACCUCAACGACCAGGUGACGCUGUUGAAGUACGGCGUGUACGAGGCCCUCUUCGCCAUGCUGGCCUCGUGCAUGAACAAGGACGGGCUCCUGGUGGCGUACGGCUCGGGAUUCAUCACGCGCGAGUUCCUCAAGAGCCUGCGGCGGCCCUUCAGCGACAUGAUGGAGCCCAAGUUUCAGUUCGCCACCAAGUUUAACGCGCUGGAGCUGGACGACAGCGACCUGGCGCUGUUUGUGGCCGCCAUCAUCUGCUGCGGAGACCGUCCGGGCCUGGCGAACGUGGCGCACAUCGAGCGCAUGCAGGAGAGCAUCGUGCAGGUGCUGCGGCUCCACCUGCUGGCCAACCACCCGGACGACGCCUUCCUCUUCCCCAAGCUGCUGCAGAAACUGGCCGACUUGCGGCAGCUGGUCACCGAGCACGCUCAGCUGGUGCAGGAGAUCAAGAAGACGGAGGACACGUCGCUGCACCCGCUCCUGCAGGAGAUCUACAGGGACAUGUACUGAGCACCGCGACGGAACUUCCACAAGCUACGGGUCGGACCCUCGACGCCCCUCUUUCCUCGCGCGGCGAGCGGCUUCCUUUAGCUUCUGCUAGCUAAUUAUUAAGCCUCGUUUCCACCAAGCGGUGCAGUUUUAGUCGCGCCGGAAUAAACGUUGCACUCCCUGGCUUUAUUCCAACAAACCAAGCCCUUUGAGCCUAUCGGGACACCGUACCCCAGCGCCGAAGAGACGCUAGCGCGGCCUCGUAAACCUGAUGGGGUUUACUGCAAUGACCAGCAGGGACUCUAAAGACCUGAUUUCCACAAUUAUGAUCAAAUCACGAUAUUGCCCACACAAAAAUGGGAUUUUCUCCCUUUUGCCCUAGAACAGGGGUCUCAAACGCAAUUUAACUUGGGGCCGCUGGAGGCGGAGUCUGGUUGAGGCUGGGCCGCGGCCUCAGCGCACCUGGACUUAUGUGGAAUUAAAAUUAGAAAUUAAAAACAAUCCUAUCUUCUCAAACAUCUUUUUUUAAACACAAAAUAAGAUGAAGGAUGCCGGUGUUUACAACUUGCGUGUAAAUGUUUUUUUAAAAAAAAUUCUCCUUGUAACUUUCUUAUUGAAAUCGCAUCGAGCCCAGGCGAUGUCACACGCCCGAUAGCAAUCUACCCCUCCGCGAUUGGUCUGCUCCGCACACAACACUGUAAAAGUGCCAUCCAUAUAAAAGUCAAGGGCCGCACCACCGUUAUACUUUCAUAUUAAGGUGGGGCCCGCAAAAUAUCAUCUCGCAGACCCCAAAUGCUGCGCGUGCCGCAUGUUUGAGACCCAUGCUCUAGAAUACACACAUUUAAUUUUCCUAAAACUACAAAUUUAUUCUCCCCAAAAUUAUUUAUUCCCCUCUCCCACAAAAGUUUAAGAAUAUAUUCUUGGAAAAUGGACUUUUCCUCCUAAAAUCAUGACUUUGACUUUUUACAAUAAGUAAAUGAUUUUUUCCCCCCUCCUAAAAUUAGGACUUCUUCCUCGCAAAAUGACUUUGUUUCACCUAAAAGGAUGAAUUUGUUAUUUUCAAGUUGUGAAAAUUUCUCCUAGAAUUAUGACCGUAUUCUCCUAAAAUUAGGAAUUUACUCUUGUAAAAAAAAAAUUAAAUAUCUUCCCCUAGAAAUUACAAUAGCAUUGUAGUAUUUUUACUACUUUAUUGGCAUACAUUUAUUUCCCUCUCCCACAAAAGUUUCAAAAUAUAUUCUCGUAAAAUAGACUUUUACUCCUAAAAUCUUGACUUUGACUUUUUAACUUUGACCUCCUUGAUUGAAUCAUUUUUCAAUAAAUAAAUUAUUUUUCCCCCUCCUAAAAUUAGGACUUCUUCCUCGCAAAAUGACUUUGUUUCACUUAGAAGUAUGAAUUUGUUCUUUUCGGUUAUGAAAGUCUGUCCCAGAAUUAUGACUGUAUUCUCCUAAAAUUAGGAAUUUACUCUUUUAAAAAAAUAAAUAAAAUAAAAUGUUCCCCGAGAAAUUACAAUAGCAUUAUAGUAUUUUUACUACUUUAUUAGCAUACAGAGUAUCCAUUGUUUAUUCUCCUUUCCCACAAAGGUUUCAAAAUAUAUUCUUGUAAAAUUGACUUCUCCUCCUAAAAUCAUGACUGACUUUUUACUUUGAUCUCCUUGAUUAAAUAAUUUUUCAAUAAAUAAAUGAUUUUUGUCCCCUCUUAAAAUUAGGACUUUUCUUCCUAGCAAAAUGACUUUGUUUCACCUAAAAGUAUGAAUUUCUUCUCCUAGAAUUAUGACCGUAUUCUCCUAAAAUUAGGAAUUUACUCAUGUAAAAAAAAAAAGAAAAAAAUUCCCCUGGAACACAGGUGUCAAACUCAAGGCCCGCAGGCCAGAUGCGGCCCACCACAUGAUUCAAUGUGACCCGCGAAGGCAAAUCAUGCGAAUCAACUUCUGUGAUUUUUGGUUCAAAUUUGAACCAACAUUUCAAGCUCUCAUAUCAUAAAUCAUGACAUUUUUGUUUGACCAAACAUUGACAAUAAUUGAAAAAAACCAUGACCGUUGAUUUCUGAUUGCAAAAGUAGGUGAUAAAUCUAACGUGUAAAUAUGAUGGGUCAAUUAAAAGAUUUUCGUGGUUUCAGUCAUAAUGGCCCUCUGACAGCAAUCAUAACUACAAUGUGGCCCGCGAUAAAAAUGACUUUGCAUUGUAGUAUUUUUACUCCUCCAAUAUUUGGACUACUUUACUAGCAUACAGAGUACAAAAUAGUUUGUUCUUCCCAAAUUAAGACCACUGAAUCUCAGAUAAGUACUUCCCCCCCCACACACCGACACCCGCAUCAACUUAAUGAUGGGGGGAGGGGGGCGCACUUCCUUGCAAUAAAGACUCGUUACAAACGAAAAAUAGAAGAAGCCAAAGGUCACAAGUCAAGACGAACAAACGAAGGCGUCCCGCUUACAACGUGGACUCGACCGGGCUCCAGAUCAGGAUUCGGAACGGUUCUCGUCAUCGCGUAUUAAACUAAAGUGCACUUUUUUGUGGCUUUGGAGGCAGGCGUGGGCGAGCGGUUGAUGAUCAUUGGUUUGGGUCGGGGGGGGGGGGGGGGGUUGACUCGGUGAAUGCUUGGCACUCCAUGGUGGCGAAAUUACAAAAAUAUGAAUGAAAAAGACGUUGUGAGGUCAGCCGUCCCGGCGUCCCCGCUCUCUGAAGCACCCGAAAAUGAGGAAGAGUGAACUGUCACUCCAGCAGAAUGUAGAUUUUUUUUUUUUUUAAAUAUUCACACACAAUAUAUUCAUACGAGUGAUCAAAAGCCAUAAUCUUUUGCAGUUAAGUGACGUCCGUGACGGCGGCCAAAGGCUGGCUCGCACGUGAAGUCCUGUUCUCUCUGUUCUCUUGUACUCGUUUCAUGUUUCCCGUCUCAACGGUUGUACGCUCGAUAACAAAAGUCAACACACCCCUCUUCAAAUGUCAGGUUUGUGUACUAUUUAAAAAAAAAAAAUAGAUAAAUGGGUUGAAAUCUUUUUCCACCAGUCAAGUGAUCUGUACGUUUGACUGUUGAAGCAAUAAAAGAAAUCUUUUUGAGAGGGAAAGUGAAAAAUAACUACAAUAAUGUGGUUGCAUAAGUGUAUACACCCUGGGAUUUGUUCAGAAUUCACCACAUUCAAACUCAAUUUAAAUGGGAGUCACCGCGUACGUAGCUGCCACCAUUUUGAAGUGCCUCUGAUUAACAUCAAAUUGAGUUUGAAUGUUCUAGUAGGUACUAGUACAGAAGCUGGAUGUCUCAUUAAAAGGGGAAAGCAUUUUGAAAUGACUGCUUGAUCUAUUUUCUUUUUUUUUUUAAUCACGAAAUUCUGGCAUUUGGACAGGGGUGUGUAGACUUUUUUUGUUUUUAAUGUCAAAUAUAUGAACAACUAAGAUGAUUUUAUCAAUGUCUUUUUCUACUGGAUCCUUGGCAAAGCACACUCGUGUUGGAAGUGCUUUGCCGCAUCGCAGCUAACACUAAAAACCCAGAAGCACAAUCGCAAUACUGUCGUUCUCACUUGCGUUUCUGUUGUCUUUUACAAAGUCGGCUAAAUAAGUGCAUUUAUUUAGCGUUUGAAUCCGUAUGCAUCCGGUUAGCAUUCAGGGCUCUUUUGUAUGUUUUUAAAACAAAAUAUAUAUAUAUAUAUAAAUACAGUACAUACAUAUAACAAAAUGACAAUUGUGCAUUGGCCUAAUCUGGUAGAGAAAUUUUUAAUUAAAUUAAAUUCAAGGGAAAUUCAAUGUCCUUUGAAUUUUUGGAGUAUUAGGGCCACAUUGAAAAAGAUGACUAUUUAUUGGAGGAUUAUGAAUUUUUUUCUCCUUAAAUCGUAUCUUUAUUCUAAAAAUAUUUUUGCCUCUUAGGUAUUUCAUAAAUCUCCUUAAUGUAUGUUUUCUAUUAAAAUUACAGAUCUAUUCUCAUAGUUAUAAUUUUUCUCCUGAAAUUAUUAUAAUUUUAAGACUUAUUUCUUGUACAGUUCUGACUUAAUUCUUGAAAUAAUUUCAGUUUUUACUGGAAAAAUUCACUUUCCUGUCAAAAUGAGGUUUUUUUUGGGGGGGGGAGUUGUUUCUUGUGAAAAUUGUAAUUUCCAAGACCAAAUUAAAUGGUGACUUUAUUUUCAAUUAAAUCUUUUUUCAAAACUUAUGAUUGAUUAAAAUAAAAAAAAUUAACUUGUUUCGGAAAUGCCCCCCCCGACCCC